GCGACGACGGCGACCACCACCACGACGUUGCAAGCGAACCGUGAAGAAGAAAAGAAGCACACGCACAGACAAGAGAGUGUGGCACACAGAAGAGGCCGUGUCUCUCCGGUUGGUUCCUUCCUCGGUGUCUCGGUUUUUUGGGGGUUUUUUCAGUUGUUCCCUGCCCCGGGGGUGGAUGGUGAAAAUUCUUCUUCCCUUCUCAAUUUCUCCCCAAGCUCGGAGGUCGGAUCGGGCCACCAAACGCGGCGUAGAUAUCGUGCACCUCCAAAGGCUCUCUGUGUGUGUCGCAUAGCCGGCACUUCGCAAAGGAACACAUACCCCCGGCAGCGGUUGCUGUGUGGCGAGAGCGAGAAACACCACCACCACUACACUCAGUGGCCAAGGAACGACGAUUAGGCACACUUUCCCAACAAAAAAAAACCGGUGAUCCCCCCCUUCAAGAGUGUGUGACACUGAACGUGUGCGCUGGUGCACUAGGAACAAAAGUGAGGACGAAACGAAACGGAAGCGUCAAAACUGCACCGGAAAAAGGCGAUUUCUUCCCCGCCCCCCUGUCCCGCACAUUGGAAAGAUAAGGGUUGCCAUUUUUUUCUGUAAAGAUUAGUCCGCCGUACAGCAACAAUAGCAGCUGUGUGGUUAACCGUGGCGCAGGUGUGUGUACAACAGCCAUACUAAGUCAGUGAAGUAGGCCUAGAUUUAGAUGCUCCGUGGUGCUUGAGAGCGUGCAGUGUGUGCGUGUGUGUGCGUGCGGUGGGAAAAGGACGCAACAGAGAAACGCACACACGCACAGCCCCCGAUAGACCGACAGCAGACACACCACAGUGGUGGUGUACAGCAUCAGCAGCAGCAGCGGCGUCGGCGGCGACAGCAGCAGCAGCAGCAGCGGCUUCCGGAUCAGCAGCGCUCUCUUGUGUCGCGUGUACGCGUGGAGCGCGGUUGUGUGGUGCGUCGCCUUCCCGAUCGAACGUGCUCCAGCAGCAGCAGCAGCAGCAGGGCCGUGUGCUCUCUCCAGUGUGUGUGGCCAACUUAGCAGCAGCUGUGAUAUAUCUUCAUCUCAUCCCCCCUUUUCCGUGCGUGUCCUUGAGCAGCGGCCACCAACCUGGAGCAGUCACCGGAGCAGCAGCCGCUGCAGCAGGCCAAAACCAUGUUCUACCCGCUGCAAACCCAAUUCGAUGAUGGUGUGAUAGAGCUAACACGGUCGGAAAUGCUCCAGCAGGAUCAUCUGGUUGACAAUAAGCAUUUUGUCGUGUCGCUAUCCCUGGGCAAUACGCUUAUCAAUCUCAACAAAAUCAAGUGUCCACAGUGCCGGAAGCGUUUCGAUACGAUGGAGGAAAUGGAACAGCACCGGACGAAGCAUUUGACGGAGAACAAGUUUAAGUGCGAAAUAUGCAGCAAAGAAUUUCCCAGCCAUAGUUCCAUGUGGAAGCACACCAAGGCACACACGGGCGAACGUCCUUUCGUUUGUCAGAUUUGUAACAAAGGCUUCACCCAACUGGCCAACCUGCAACGACAUGAUCUCGUCCACAAUGGACUAAAGCCGUUCAAGUGUCCCAUCUGUGAAAAAUGCUUUACCCAGCAAGCCAACAUGCUGAAACAUCAACUUCUGCAUACCGGUCUUAAGCCGUACAAAUGUCCGGUGUGCGAGAAAGCGUUCUCGCAACAUGCAAACAUGGUCAAACAUCAAAUGCUUCAUACAGGAUUAAAGCCGUACAAGUGUCCCGUUUGCGAAAAGGCAUUUACGCAACACGCCAACAUGAUUAAACAUCAAAUGUUACAUACUGGUCUCAAGCCAUACAAAUGUCCUGUUUGUGAUAAAGCCUUUACGCAGCAGGCCAACAUGGUGAAACAUCAAAUGUUGCACACCGGCCUUAAACCGUACAAAUGUUCCACCUGUGGCAAGGCGUUCGCCCAGCAGGCCAACAUGGUCAAACACGAGAUGCUUCAUACCGGUAUUAAACCGUACAAGUGUCCCACCUGUGACAAAGCAUUUGCCCAGCAAGCGAACAUGAUGAAGCAUCAAAUGUUGCACACGGGAUUGAAGCCGUACAAGUGCGGCACGUGCGACAAAGCGUUUGCCCAGCAGGCCAAUAUGGUCAAGCAUCAGAUGCUGCAUACCGGUUUAAAACCGUACAAAUGCAAUACCUGUGGCAAGGCAUUCGCCCAGCAGGCCAACAUGGUCAAACACGAGAUGCUUCAUACCGGAAUAAAGCCAUACAAAUGCUCGGUUUGUGAUAAAGCCUUUGCCCAGCAGGCCAACAUGGUCAAACAUCAGAUGCUCCACAGCGGAAUCAAACCAUACAAAUGUCCUACCUGCGACAAAGCAUUUGCCCAGCAGGCGAACAUGGUGAAGCAUCAGAUGCUCCAUACGGGAGAGAAACCAUUCAAAUGCAAAAGCUGUGAUAAGGCUUUCUCACAAAACGCCAAUCUGAAAAAGCACGAAAUGGUACAUCUCGGCAUACGGCCCCACACCUGCCCGCUGUGCACGAAGUCCUACUCGCAGUAUUCGAACCUGAAGAAGCAUUUGCUGAGCCACCAGAAGCAGGCGAUCAAGCAGGAGCAACAGAACGGUCAGGUGAUGGCUAUCCUCUACAGCUGCCAGACGUGCAAGAUGCAGUUUGAGGAUAUCAUCGAGUUCGAGCGCCACACCAGACGGUGCGGCAUCAGCACCGUGCAGCAGCACAGCGUGAAGCUGGAAAACAUCAAGAGCGAGGUGGAUAUCGAUGGCAGCUCCAACUCGGGCAUGCAGCAGCAGCAACAGCAGCAGCAACAGCAGCAGCACAUUAUUACCACCUCCAAUGCCACGAAUGGCAACGGGAUCAGCGUCAGCCAGUCGCAACCGCCGACCCCGAUGCACAUUCCGUCGGCCAUCCUUACCUCCGUCAUCUCGUCGUCGGUCGGCUCGAACGUGACCGCGCACAAUCUGGUGUCGGCCCACUCGCACCACGGCGGCCAUGUGACGACCAACGGGGGCCUCCUGUCCGGCGGCAUUCCCACCGGCCAUCCGCACGCCCAGCAGCAGCACACCCCACCCGGUGUGGGCGGGCUUCCCCAGCAGCAUCCUUCCGCUCACGCUCAACAGCAGCAGCAGCAGCAGCAACAACAAGCCCAUCAGCAGCAGCAGCAAGCUCAUCAACAGCAGCAACAGCAGCAGCAACUGUCACCGCUCAGCAGCCACCAGCAGCAUCUGGUGCUGCAGCAGCAGCACAACCUGCCCAUCCAUCUGCAGCAGCAGCUGUCCCACCAUCUGAUCAGCAGCCAUCUGCCCCACCCGCAGGACCAUGGCGGUGCGGGCGGUGGGGGCGGCGGCGACCUGCACCAUCAGGUGAACUUUCACCAUCCGCACAUCUCCCACCUGCCGAACAUAUCGCACAAGAUCCUGUCGCCGCUGUUCCACAUUCCGCCGUUCAACAACAACCACAGCACAUAAUGGAGCGCUUGCAAGGGACCGGCGCUGCGGCCGCCGCCGGGCACGGUUGUCGUCGAUCCGGCGGCAAUCGGUCCGGCGCCGGCCGGCGUGGUGUCCCUUCUGCCGAAUGCGGCGGCCUGCCUUCCAUCCACCUCCGCCUCCUCCCCGAUGGUGCUGCCGUUCGUCGUGAAGGCGGAAAAGCCGGACGAGGAAAUUGGGGGUGGUGUGUAGGAGCGGAUGGAGGAACUGUGUACCCGUGGGUAAGUAGUCGGUCACGGUGCACUUCCCCAAACACCACUGUCUGUGUGUGUGUGUGUGAGAGAGAGAGAGUGUAGGGGGUAAAAGGGAUGGAACAGAAAGCAACAAAACAACACCCAGUCAGGAACAUGGGACGCGAACUCUCAGUCACCUACACACACACGCGCGAGAAGAGCAAAAGGGGAUGAGCAGCAAAAUGGCAGUUUUCAUGUGGAGAGCGGGACUCGAUGCGAACGAACACGGUUCUCUUAAAUACUCAGGAGGAAAUUAAGGAGGGACAAUCUGUAAAAAAAAAAAAACACACACACACACAUGGCGGUAAAAAAGCAAUGCAAAUGAAGGUGCAGGACAGUGCUUCGCCUCCUCCCUCUCAUACUUUCCAAAACUCCCAUAUUCUGUGGGGGUUUUAUUUUCGCGGUGGAACAUCGGUUAAUGUGCUGUUUUCCUUUUUUUUAAUAUUUUUAUAACAUCGUUAGGAAUUAGCACACACACACACACACACAAACACAGCAAGAUUACCAUAUUGUUCUUGGUAAUGAUUUUAAGAAGCGAUUGUUUGCGGACAAACGAUAUAUCCUUUUUAGUAAGGGCGACGUUAUAGUGUUAGGAAGUGUGGGUGUGUGUGUGUGUGUUAGAGAGGUGCAAUUAAGAGGUGAAGAAUGAAGUCCAGCAGCAGCUACACCCUCAUUUAGAGAGAGAGAAAGAAUGUGCUUUUGUGAAAUGUAUAUGCAUAGUAUGCGCACAGUCAUCCCAUGGAACUACACACACACACACACACACACACAUACAGAUAUAUAUUAGAGCUAACGUGUACUUGUAAAGUUAUAUCUUACACCGUUGUGUGUGUGUACCUAGCAACGUGUGUACCAGGUUCAAAUGUCGAAAAUGUGUAUAUUUUUAAACAUGCUUUAUGUAAAACAAACAAACAAACAAACACAGCAGGGACAUGUGUUGUGGGGGGCAGUGCGUGCAGCAGCAGCGCGCUUAUCCUUUAUCUCUCUGCGCUAACGUGCGCCGUAAAGACACACAGACAGACAGACACACUUUGAGUGAAGGACAGAGUGAAAGGACUGUGAAAUGGCAUUGGCACAUGAUGUAGAUUGUAGGUUUUUGUUUUACGCCAUUAGACGCGCGUGUAACAACAGUGAUAAAAGAAACAAAUGUGGCGGACAGGAAAUGUGAGGAGACGUGUAUGUAUUAUUGCAAACAAACAAACAAAAAAACGCAAAGACUGCACACAAGCAUGAGGAGGGAAGGAGGAGGACAGGAAAGUGGGGAGCAUUACACUGAGAGAGAGAGAGAGAGAGAGAGAAACAGGGAAAAAAGAGACGAAACAUUAAAGGGAAAUAGUGUGAUAGAACUGUCAACGGUUCGAGUCCACGGGCGGGCCGGUAUGGAGAGAGAGUGAGUACGGGAAGCAGGCAAUGGGGAGACAGCUCGGCAGCGAGAUCCGGUGGGUGUGGUUUGUGUGUGUGUGCCACAGUUAAAUUUUAAACCAUUAUUGUUUGCCUUUUUCGUUCUCGUUGUAAGGCAUCGUUUCUAUCCCUGAGGGCGAAUGUGCCCUGUGUUGUGUGGUUUUUUGGGUUGAAUUUUCAUUUGGAUUGUGAAGAGCGGGCAGGGUGUCACCACAGGCAAAGCAAAACUAUGGGCAGAAAAGAAGUGUAUAGGUCGCGAAGCAAACCGUUGUGAUAUAUAUUACCAUAUUAAAUGUGAAAACAGAGAUGUGUUUUACCACCUUUCCUUUUUAUAGAAGAAGAGAGCUCGCUCGGUCUGGCCUGUCGCCUCCCCAGUCUCCUGUUUGUGUUUGUAUACUACCGGUCAACCAGUUACGCUACCUUACCUUUACCAACCCCUCUAUAUCCCCUGAUUUCGAUUGUCGAUUCGUUUAGGAGCCCGGGAGCACACGGACAGUGUGGUGGGGAUUGAAUUUUUUUGUUAAAUAUCCAUCAGUUAUGUAUGGUAUGAAGAGCGUAAUAUGAGGAAAAUGCGUACAGGAGACACUACUACUACUAGCUCGAAAAGGAAGACUUAAUACAAGAAAGUGAUGUGUGAUAACAAAUAUUUGGCUAAGGAAGGGCAAAAUUUCAUUUUAGGUUCGAUAGGCGAGCAGCGGCAGAUUCGAGGAUCGUGUGGAGAGAAUGCCAAUUUAGUAAGCUUUUUAAAAUCGAAAGAGAAGGAAGGAGGGACAUUAACACUAGCCUAGCGUUUAUGUUUAGAAGGGGAGGAAUAUGCUUUUUGCCAUGUGCUUUCUCAUGCUUAUUUCUCAUAUUAUUUUUUUUGAAGGGGGAGCAGUUUCGUGUUGCCAGAAGAGAGAUACAUAGAGAGAGAGAGCGCGAUACAUUUAAUGCCUUGUUUUUUUUAUUAUCAUCAUCCUCGCCGCGUUAGAAAAGGCUAAACGCGUGUCCUCAACGAUCAUUCUAGUCUCUGCUCAUUGGAACAAGGAACACACACACACAAUGUUUGCGAUUUCCUUGUACUUUUUUUUUAGUACGACAACAACACCUUUUCUCUUAUACUGGGUCAUGCUUUCGUUUCGAGACUGCAUUGCAGCGUGGUGUGUGUGCGUGGUAGAACCGAGACACUCACUGCAUAGGAUCAUCGUGGUGUGUUCUAAAAUAAUUAGUCGUUAGUAUAGAGAGAGAAACACACCUCCUCAGCCGAGGCAAAGUGUAAACAAGCAGAUCAAGCACGUCCGUAGGGGUGAUAGAACUGUAUGUGUGUGUUUAGUAAACCCUUAAAACACAGUGCGCAAUCUUGCAUAAACACACACACACAUACACACUUACAUUACAAACACGUGAACAUGAUUAGUAGUAUACUGUAUAAUUAGUGGAAGAAACCUCACUCAGGAGAGCGACACAAGUUUGAUUUUUUUGUACGGGAAGGAAGGGUAGCUCACUUUCCAAUAAGAAAACCUGUGGCGCCGUAAAGCAAAGCGUUAAGAAUGAUUAAAAAUAUCCCCAAUGAAGGAGGGGGAGGGGGGGGGGAAUGCAAUAGAAUGUAGAAUAUAUAGUGCGUUGGCAGCAUUUCAACAGCGGCUUUCGGCAUGAUGGGAGUGUUCGCAGUGGUGAUCGUGAUCGCACACAUCACUACAUGAUCCUCAGUUGCUCUCAGCGAUCAAAUUGCUUGGUGCAGGCGUGUGUGUGUGUGUUUUGUCCAUUUUAGUACCGGGGGUGGCUGUGUGUGUGUGUGUGGCUUCCGUUUAUUUUUUGUAAUUAUGUUUCUUGUUUCUUCUUGUUGCUGCGCGAUCUACUUGAUCUACACUUGUCGCAUGUCUUCCAAUAGAUUCCGAUCGUAUGAUCCUUUUCUUAUACACACACACACACACACACACACACACACACACACACACACACACACACACACACACACACACACACACACACACACACACAUACACACACACAACUUGGGACUGUGAUAUUCGAAUGGAAAUCUCCAAUGUUAUGCCACACGACGCCAACUUGCGAGGGAGAGACAUACCAUCGAGGCUUUUUUUGAUAACCUUCGUUUGCCUUCUAUCACAUUCUUUUUGGUCCAGUACCCUCCAAGAUUCUGGGGGAACAUUACUUCAGCAGUAUGAAAUACUGAACUCUCUAUUGUGUCUUAAUUUUCUCAACUGCAAACGUCUUGCAACGGGCUUGCAUUUGAACGGUUUUUUUUUUAAAUUGCAACACACACACACAUGCACAUCCAUCCCUCUAUUCAUAUUUGUGUUAUACCAGAGGGAGAGGGGAUGUAUGGGACAUUGGAACAAAGUUCUUAAGCACUGGAAACGAUUUUUGCAAACUACUACAAACACAAAAAGCCGAGGGCGCGCACUGCUGCAACUGCUGCAACUGCACAUACUACACACUGCACUGCAGGGCAGCUAAAAUGUAAAAAAACGCAUAAUGCUUGAAUGGUGUCAUAAAGAAGUCGCAUUAGAUCUCGCCCAUCACACUAUGGGUCCGCUAAGCACUGUCAAUAGUUGUUGGGAGCGGGACAGUAACGGGCGGGGGAUCGUUUUGAGUGUGCCGUACUUUCGACGCAACUAAAAACCUCAUUAAAAUGUGUAAAGCAUUGGAAAAGCCAAUGGUGUGGUGUGUAUUUUUAUGCGUGGUGCGAACUCUAAGAAUGAGGACGAGAAUAGUAUGGGAAGAAGAGAGAGAGAGAGAGAGAGAGAGAGAGAGAGAGAGAGAGAGAGAGAGAGAGAGAGAGAGAGAGAGAGAGAGAGAGAGAGAGAGAGAGUAAGAGAGAAAGCUAUGUUAUCCCCUCCCGCUCUCUUGUGUUUAAAGGCACACAGUUGUAUCAUUCAAUUAGUAGUGACUCUUCCCUCUUGUUCCCGUGUUCUUGUUUGAUGUAUUUCAUUGGAAGAAGAAUCAUUCGUACAGACACGGUGGUUUUGCACUCCCUCCGUCUUCGUCUCUCGCCUAUCAUAUGUUUAUGAGAAUCAAAAAAUAAUUAAAAAAAAACAUGAUUUCGAUCCCGUUUAACGUUGACGAAAACUGACACAGAAGAAAAGGCGCCCGCAGCAAAACAGAUUUCAGUGAACGUGUGUGCGUGCGUUUUUUCUUUCUUUUCUUUUCAAUUGCGCGGGGGAGACAGUGAGAGAGAGAGAGAGAGUGAAAGUGAGGGCUGUAACACAAACGAAAUGAUAACACUAUUGCUAUUACUAUUUGUUUUAGUACGCUAAAAGAGCUGUGUGUGUGCGUGUGAGUGGGGAUAAGAAGAGAGAGGAGGAGCCACGUGGCGGUUGAACAGCGGCGCACCUUCCUAUUACUACUAUUAUUAUUACGAUUAUUAUGAGUUAGCAGUUACACACACAUUUAUGAGAUGAUUUUUUUUUGUAUAAAGACACAACAACACAACAACCCAAUCAGUAAAAUAAAAAGAAAACAAUAUCUAA